CCUUUUCUCAAUAUUUCUUGCUAGGAGUGUUUCAAAGACCAGACGAGAAUGUCCAGUGCAGAGUUGAUAGAAUUCACUAUUACUAGCACUGUUUCUAGUAUUCGGUCUCAGAGGAGAUUUCCGAAGAACAUUACCAUUGGAGAGUUAAAGGGUAAAUUGGAGCUACUUACAGGAGCCAAUCCAACAUCCAUGCAGCUUGAGUUGUAUGGGAAAGAUGAUGUCCUUCAUCAGAAGCUAGAAGAUCCUUUAGCCACACUUGGAUCUCUAUCUGCAGAAAAUGGGAUGAGAAUCCAUGUGAUAGACCCAACAACAAGAUCUGGAGAAUUUGAGCCAGGAAAUGAGGAAGAAGAUGUUCGAUUCCGUAUGUCCGAGGAUGAGUACAAGAAAAAGGAAAGGACCUUGCAUGCCUUUCUAACCAAGAACCGAUUGGGUAAAUAUGAUGAGGACUACCAGAAGAAGAAAGAGCUUGAAAAGGAGAAAGGAAAAAUUGAAGAAGAGAAGGCCAAGCACAUUCCAUUAAAUAGCCGUUGUGAGGUGAAAGUUACUGGUCAGCCCACUAAAAGAGGCAUAGUCAAAUUCAUUGGGGAAGUUCAUUUCCAAUCAGGUACCUGGAUUGGAGUGCAGUAUGAUGAACCUCUUGGGAAGAAUGAUGGCAGUGUGGAAGGGAAGAGGUACUUUGAGUGCCCACCAAAAUAUGGGGCAUUUGUGAAACCAAGUUCUGUGGAGGUGGGAGAUUUUCCUGAAGAGGGCCUGGAUGAUGAUGAAAUCUGAUUUUUGAUCUGAUCUUUUGCACUGAUGUGACUUCUCAUCUCUGUGAUGCAAUGGCCUGGAAUUAACUCAACUGAACAUUGGACAUGGGAGUGUGAUAUUCUUGAUACUUCUCCUGAGUCAACAUGCACAUUGUGAUUCAUUUGCCUGCAGUUUCUGUUAUAAUGGAUUUUGAAUUAUGCUCACAGAGUUGCCUCCUCCAGUGAUUGGCAUUCUUGUCUCUGUGAAUGUUUGAAGAAGCAUUGAAUGUGUUUUAUUCAUAGCAGAUGGUGAAACUGCUGGCUUGGUGUGCAUGUGUUUAUACAGCUUUUAAUGACUGAUCUCAGGGCAGUUUUUUAUUUUCAUUUUUCUGGGUAGUUCAUGAAACAACCUGUGCCCAGGUGGCAGCAAACAUGUCCUGUAACAUUGGCUCAGCAUUGCUUUUUGCUUCGAAGGUUGAAGGGAUUCCCAUCCCUCAUGGACUACUGCUUUACUCGUAAGUUAGCCCAUGUGACAUGGGUUGAUGAAGAUUCUUCAUGCCAUAUCUUUUUGCCUCACAAGCAUUCAAUAGCUCAUUGCAUGAAUAGAACAUCCUGACCAUUCUGUCCAGCAAAACAGGAAUCGAUUUGAAUGUAACAUUCAUGGUUCUGCUGGUAUAGCUUAGAAUUUCCAAUCAGCGUAGUGACUAACUUCAUUUUAGAAAGUCUGCAUUCUAACCUGCUUUUCUACUAGCUAUUUUUUUUUCUGAGUCUAUACACUGUCCGAAAGUAAAGUCACAAUAUCGCCUUGCUUCCUAGGACCUUGAAUCCAGAAGCUGUCAUUGGAGGCCAGGUAGUUUUUUUUCAUGAGC